AUGCCCCCCAAGAGUCUAACCAAAAGUCAACAAUUCAAGCGAGAUAAGGUUAGAAAUGCUCGACAAAUAAGAUCAGAAGCAUCAUCAGUGAAUCCCGAAGAGUUUUCUGAAUCAGGUUCAAUUCUUAAUAUACCUUCAUUCGUGUCUUCUAGAAAAUAUGAAAUCAAACAAUUGCAACAAGCUGUACAUAAUUCGAAGCAAUCCUCUUCAACAAGGAUUUUCCAAGUGCUUCCUCGGAAACUUAGAAGAAGAACUGCUUCCCAUAAUGUGAAAAGGAUUCCUAAAAGGCUUAGACAUCGUGCAUUGAAAGAGAUGAAAAAGAGUCAACAGCAGUUCACUCAAGGAACUCGUCAUCUUUUCGAUAAACGAAAGCAUGGUCUCUCGUCCAGAAAACUUUAUAGGGCAAGAAUGAUGGUUAAUUUAUUGAGAUUAGCAUCAAAAACUCAAUCUAUGAAGCUGGGUAUUCCUCAGGAUCUUCCAACCACAAAUGGUACUCUAAGGUCAAGAAUCAGACUGUUGCAAAAGGAAAUAAAAGCUGCCCGAUCUAUUAACUCACGAAAACUCAACAACAAACUUGGCUCAUAUGAUAGCACAGGUUUCAACACCCUGGCAGAGAAACCUCUUGGUCGUGUGAAGUACAUGAAAAGACAAAAGGUGUUUACAUGGCUUCCUACUCAUAUAUGGAACGCUAAAAGAUCACAUAUGUUUAAGAGGUGGGGAUUUCAUCUUCCUUGGUCUCCAACCCAAAAAAUAUUCAGAUUAACACAUCGGUUAGCAGGAAAUGUCGCCACAUCAGAUGGUGCUAUGAUGUGUGACACCAGUUUCAUGUGUGAUAUGAUCAUACAAUGUAAAGAUCACAAUAAACUAAAAAAACUCGUACAACAGCUAACCAAAGGACGAGCAUCUCUUCCCAAGUAUAUCAAUAGGCAGCUUUUCACGGGCUUGAUGUAUCUAGACAGUGAAUGUGUUGGACCAUGUAGUUUGCUAUGGUGCACUCCUAACUCAAUUUUGAUACGUCUCCAUCCUUCCAUAUACGUUCAGGUUUUCGGACAUCUCAACUCUGAGUUGGACUCAAAUGAAUUCUGCGUUCAAGACUGUCGUUUUUCAUUAGGAUCAAUUACCAUCACUGGUGGUAAAUCAUUAUAUGCGUUAUCACACAUCUUACGAUCAGCAAGUACAUCUGAGUCGUAUCGUCAGUUCAAAUUAGUAUCAUCUGUUACAGACACUACUGUGUUACCACAAAAGAUAAUGUUUGCUUUUGAUGCUAUUGAUCCUCGAUUCUUAGUGAACCCGAAAGCGUGCUCUAAAAAAUCACAGCUCACUGAGGAUGAUAUUCUUUCAUUAGAAAAUCAGUCUGUUGAAGAAGAAAUAUCGGAAACUCUCAACAAGCUGGUAGAUGCAGAAGGACGGAAUGAAUCAUAUAGGGGUCAAAGCACGCUCAAACAACUAGCAGCAAGGCGCGCUGCUAUGAAGUCAUCAACUGGUCACUCAAACUUAAUCCCUUCUAAUAAUAAUGAUUCAAGAAUACCGAUUCUGUUGUUGAAAGAACAUGAAUCUCAACAAUGGACCUUAAUAAUACCAUGGUUUUGGGUUUUACCGUUUUGGUAUCAACUCAAUAAGGUGAAUCGCGUAUAUCACAUGGGAAUAAAACAAUUCCAGCAGUUGGCCUUUGAACAAAGGCGCUUAAACUUCCCCAUUGAUUAUCCAUUUACACAGGUUGGUUACGAUGAAGAUGUAGUAUAUAAAAAAGAUGUCCUACAGAAACUUUGGAAUCGUAAACCACCAUCUAAAAGACUUAAUUAUAUGAAAUUAGGUUCUCUUCAUAAAGAAUCCUUAGUUAAAGGUGAGUUAGGAUCUCCGUUUUGUUGUGAUUGGAAUUUCCUUAGAAUUUUGCAAAAUGGUUUAAAAUUUCUGGGAAAAGAAAAACUUGAUUAUAUGAACCCAUCUAGAACCAGUACGUUUGAUGUUGAUAGUGGAACAAUAAGCGUUAGACACGUCAUCGAUAUAUUCAAACUAUACGAAAAAAACAGAGAGAGUACAAGCCUUCCAGUGCAUAUAUUCCAAGGAACAGUGGAAACAAUUGUUGAGCAUUCAAUUAUUUCUAAAUCAUUACCUAUCAUCCCAGUAAGUUGCUCACUAAUCGGAAGAGGUCACCCAAAAGAUCACGCCCGCAUAUAUGCAAUUCCAGAAGAAGAUAAAUCAUAUUGGACCAACGUUUUGAAGGGUACUCUGAAGAGUAAUGGGAAAAUCAAGCAUGACAAUAUACAACCAGUACCUCAUUGCUUCAAUCUCAUUGGAUAUUUAACAAGCGGUUCAUUUAAUUUAUCACAGGGAAGAGGUUCAGGAGUUGGAUUUGUAUCGGCUUAUGCCCUUCAGGACAAAAAUGAAAAUCUCUUUCUAAUUAGAAAUUGUGGAGAAACUGUAUAUAGGUUGGUGAAGUUGUAUCAAUUACAGAUUUGA